AUGCAGUCAAUUUUCUUGCUGCUGGGCCUCUUUGCCAACGCCAUCUCCGCUAGCCCCUUGGGACAACAGCCGUUGGGCCGUAUUAGUCCAACGGAGCUGUCUGGGCAGCUGGCGGAGAGUUUGCGCAAACCUGUACGCGGACGAUUCUUACAUAUAACUGAUUUUCAUCCCGACCGCCUCUACAAGCCCGGAACCUCGAUCGAUCGCUCAUGCCACCGUGGUAACGGCCCCGCGGGGUAUUUUGGAGCCGAGGGCACAGAAUGCGAUUCACCCUUAUCACUUGUGAACGAGACAUUUCGCUGGAUCGAAGAAAAUUUGAAGGAUGAGAUUGAUUUUGUGAUUUGGACCGGUGAUUCCGUCCGACACGACAAUGAUGAAAAGCUCCCUCGCACGGCAGAGGAGAUUAUGGAGUUGAAUGAAUUCCUGUCCCAAAAAUGGAGUAGUAUUUUCGGCGUGGGGGAGGUUCGUGAGACCUCGAAUGCCGUGCCUAGGAUGUCGAUCCCCGUGAUCCCAACAUUCGGAAACAACGAUAUCAUGCCACACAACAUCUUCAACGAAGGACCGAACAAAUGGACAAAGCGCUUUGCGGAAAUCUGGAACCAGUUUAUCCCAGAAGAUCAGCGUCACACCUUUGUUGAGGGCGGUUGGUUCACCACGGAGGUAGUUCCCGGUCGGCUAGCGGUCAUCAGCUUAAACACCAUGUACUUCUUCGAUUCCAACAGUGCGGUGGAUGGAUGUAACGCCAAGUCGGAACCUGGAUACGAGCACAUGGAGUGGUUGCGGGUGCAGUUGAAAAUCCUGCGCAGUCGCAACAUGAAAGCGAUUCUCAUGGGCCAUGUCCCCCCAGCCCGGUCGAGCGAGAAAAAGAAUUGGGAUGAGACAUGUUGGCAAAAAUAUACACUCUGGAUGCACCAGUACCGUGACGUUGUUGUCGGUAGCUUUUACGGCCAUAUGAACAUCGAUCACUUCAUGCUCCAGGAUAGUAACAAGGUCAAUAUUGAUUCAAAGGUUGAUGGGAAGGUGUCAGCCAGCUCAAAAACCGACUACCUCCAGUCUCUCCGGAACCAAUGGUCCUCAUUGCCAUAUCCUCCGUCCGGAGUUUUCAAGGAGCUUGACUCCACGUCAAAUUUGGGAGAUUCCUCGCAAGUUGAACCGGCUAAGAAAGACAAGAGGGGCAAAAAGAAGGACAAGAAGAAGCAAAAGUUCUUGGACAAGAUUGGAGGCCCAUGGGCAGAACGAUACAGCGUCUCGCUAGUCGCUCCUAGUUUGGUCCCGAACUUUUUCCCCAGCCUGCGCGUGAUCGACUACAAUGUCACGGGACUGGACGAUGUCGCACACGGUGUGGAUUCAUUCACACAUGAGAUUGAUGCCACAAAAUUUGGAGUCGAUCAUGCUGUGAUGGAUACCCCGGAACCCAGCGACGAUUCUCUGCGUUCCCCCGAAAUUCAAAAGAAGAAAAAGAAGGGCAAGGACAAGAAAAAGAAACCCAAGUUCAAAGUCCCUGAGCCCCCCUCGUCAACCGCUCCUCCUGGCCCUGCAUACUCGAACCAGCCGUUUACCUUGCUUGGCUACACCCAAUACUACUCAAAUUUAACGAAACUCCACGAAAAGAUCGCAGCGGGCGAACAAGGCGAUGAUCCUCGUCUCGACUUCGAGAUCGAGUACACCACAAGUGAUGACGUGUAUCAAAUGAAAGACCUGACAGUACGCAGCUUCUUCCAACUUGCAGCCAGAAUUGGCGAGGAAGGAGCCGAAGAAAAGCACACUGGCGACAUCAGUAGCCAAGGUGUUGAUGCCGCUGAUAAGAAGAAGAAGCCAGUGAACGAUGUCUGGCGGACAUUUUUAAGGCGCGCAUUUGUUGGAUUCCCAGUUGAUGACCUGGAUGAAUAG